AUGACUGGUGUAAACGACGUAGGAUCUAUCAAAUCGAACUGGGCUGAUCAAAGCAAGCUCCCCGCGGAGCCAUCCAAAAUCCCCAGCCCUCAACGACCAGCGAUGCGAAUAGACACGCGAACAGAGAGUGACUCUUACUUCAAAGCACGACCUAGCGGUGGUUUUGUUGAGAGUCCUGUCCAACUGACGGGCAUCACCCCCAGGCGGAACGUCCCAGCAACUCCAUCGGUCGAGGAGCCGCCAAAACGUGCGACGCGAAUAUCUUCUGGUGUUUUGCAGAAGAAGUCUGUCUCUGAGAUUCUUGGUGAGACACCGAGGACGACAACCCCCCAGGCAGAUUCUCCUCGUGAAUCUUUCAGUGCCACAACCCCUCAGGGUCGAACAGCUGGACGGGACAAGGAUCGGAGUAGGCUAUCAACAGUGGUCUUCGCUAAGCGCGAGAAAGCGGUUGGCGGUGACGAGGAGAAUCUUGAGGUGGUGCCAUUCAAGGGUGAGGCACAGCGCAAAAGUCCUGCGGAUCGAGACUAUCUCUACACUCUCUUUGAGAACAAAGCGCACUCUAUGUCGCGACAAACAUCGAUGUCCUACUUGAUCCAGAAUGCACACAAGACGUUGUCGACUUCGGAUCACCUCAUUGAGUACGAGCUAUCUGCGGAAUGCCGAAUACUGAAGCGCCUAUAUCAGUUACAGGAGAAGCAACGCUGGGCUCUGAGGCAAUACAAGCGUGCGGAAGAAGUUCCGAGGCCAACCUCUCACUGGGAUUUCUUGUUGGACCACGUAAAGUGGAUGCGCACAGACUUCAAAGAGGAGCGGAAGUGGAAGAUGGCUGCCGCCAGAGGCCUUGCAGAAUGCUGUGCCGAUUGGGUUGCAAGCUCUGCUGAGCAACGGCGGCGCCUGCAAGUACGAGUCCGGCCACCAAAGCUACUUUCCGAACCUCUCAUCUCUCACGAUGUGGCCAUGGAAGACGACCCGGUUGCGAACCUGUCGUCACAAACAACUCCUGAAUUGGUGCCUUCUAACGAGGAUGAUUCCAUGAGCGAGGACAUUGCAGAACCUCGAGAUGUGCAGAUCUCUAGCGCUCCUGCCGCGUUAUUCUCGUUGGGCCCGUCGGACUUUAACUUCGCUGUCGACAAAACACCUGCACUCGACAAGCUAUUGAACGAACUACCGCUCUACGGACCCUAUGGCGAACCCGACACGUCAAAAUCUACCCUGGCGGAACGGCUUGAUGCGAAAUGGAAGACCGAUAUUGUACCUGUUUCAAGAUGGGCCACUGAGAAAUUGCCAGUCAAGGACCACAAACCUCCGUUCAAACAAAGUCGAUACGACUAUGACCUUGAACCUUCGCCAAAGAAGAAGCCGGAACCCCUGCCACCUGAAGAGACGAAUGUCGCACUUUUCAUGCCUGAGAACAAAAUCAUUAGGGAUAGGAUACAUCCAGGCCAUUCAUUCCGUCCGCCAUCGGAUCAUCCAAUGCCUACACAGGCCUUUUUCGAGACAAGAUCGUCGUCGCAAUGGACCGCGGCCGAAGACGACGAACUCAAGCGACUCGUCAAAGACUACUCCUACAAUUGGUCACUUAUCUCCAGCUGCCUCACCCCUCCGAGCCUGUAUACUUCUGGUGCUGAUCGUCGGACGCCAUGGGAAUGUUUUGAACGAUGGAUUGGAUUGGAAGGCUUACCCGCGGAUAUGUCUAAGACGGCAUAUUUCAAGACCUACUCCGGCAGAAUCGAAGCAGCAGGCCGCCACGUGGCUGCUCAAAUCGAGGAGGCUCAGCGCAGAGCGGGCGCCAACGUCCAGAUCUCCGCGCGCCGGCGAACCACGCAGCCCGUCAAAGUCGAGCGGAAGAGAACACAGCGGCACCUUGCCAUGCUCGAUGCCAUGCGUAAGUUGGCCAAGAAGAGAGAGACGGCUUUGCAGAAACAGCAACACCAAGCCGAUCUUGCAGCGAUGCGCAAAGUCAACGAUGCAAAUGUGCCGAAACCGUCCUACAAGACCCCUGCUGAAUUCUCGCAGCUUAAGCAGGAGAGGGAACAGAAGCUUGCCGAACGACAAGAGAUAUACCGGCAGCAACUCAUUGCUCACCAGCGUGCUACCGCACAGCAACAGCGAACCCAGAACGGUCAGCCCAAUGGUCUCCCGAACGGUAUGCCCGCUGCUGCACCUGGAAUGCGCGCGCCCUCGAUGGGUAGCAUGCCAGGAAUGCCGAAUGGCAAUAUGCAGAUGCCCAAUGGUCAUCGUCCCCAUCCAGCCAUGAUAGCCGCAAUGCAGGGAAAUAUGCAGUUACCGCCAGGCAUGAUGGCGCCGAAGCUCACGCCGCAAAUGCAGGCACAGAUGCAAGCCCAAAUGGCCGCACGUGGCGGCGUGACUUCACCACAGCAGAUGCGGAUGUUGCAGGAGGCUACCCGCGUGCAACAAGAACAGCUCAUGCGCCAAGCUCAACAAGCGCAGAAUGGUCCUCACUCGUCUCCCAACAAUCCUCAUGUUGCGCUUGCUAAUGGUCACGGCUUGAACAAUGCCGCCUACCGUGCGGCGAUGGCUGCCGCUGCUAAUGGCAACGGAUCCCCGUCUGGACCGCUCAACGGCAGCUCACCUCGACCCAAUACCGCUAAUUCCGGGCAAGCUUUGUCAAGCGGGCACGUUCCUGUCCUGACUCAGAUCGCAAACAAGAUCCGAGAACACCACCCUAAUCUCUCGGACGAAGAAGUGCAGCGUCUGGCAUCGCAACAGCUUCAGACGUACCAACAUCAAGCGACCCAAGCCGCGGCAGGGCAUACGAGCCAAAAACGUCCGCAGCACAACCAAGCCGCCCUGAACGCAGCCCUUGGAGCCAUGAAUGCCGGUAACAAUGCCUCGGCGGCUUCUGCUAACGCCGCCGCCGCUGCUGCUGCCGCGGCCCAGCUCGGGCACCCGGGCAUGAUGACCAACGAGCAGGUCCAGCAGUACAACCAGCGCAUCCGCAUGCAGCAGGCCCAGCAGCACGCGCAACGUAACCUCCAAGCGAUGCAGAUGCAUCAGCAGCAGCAGCAGCAGCAGCAAAUGGGCGGAGGGAUGCCGAAUGUCAACGGCAUGGCCGGCUCUCCGGUCAUGAACAUGGCUCGGCCCGUGAGUCAGCAUGCCACCAACCCUCAGGGACAGAUGAGUCGUAGCGCGACACCGCGAGAUCAGCGGAGUGGGAGUCAGAGCGGUCCCAACGGCAACGGUCCUGCAAACGGGCAAGGGCAAGGGCAAGGGCAGCAAAGCAGUCCGCGACAAACGGCUGCUCAGAGUAUGCAAACCUAA